AUGUUCUCUGUUACUCGAACCCUCCGACAGGCUGCUGUCCACGCUGAGCGAACUCCCCUCAUCAAGUUCCUCGGACCCCGAACCAUUCCUUCCAACCUCGAUCACUCCCCAAAGCCCCACCCUGCCUCCGGAGUCGAGAAGCUUCCCGAGUCGUGGGCUGGCUACGGUAACGGCAACUCUGCCUCUGCCCACAAGUCCUUCAGCUCCUACCGCGACCACGCCCAGCAGCACGGUCCCCUUCAGAAGUCUGGCCUCGGCGGCUCCAGCGCUGCCUCUCUUGGCUCCGUCAACGCUCCCAAGGGCGUUGCCUUCGACCUCUCUGAGCUCCCUGCCCGCUUCCACCGUGCUCGCCUCAACGCUGCCGAGAUCGAGGCUAUCGAGUCCGGCGGUGCUGCUCUCUUCGGUUAA